CCUCCGCGCGCGUUUUGGCCCUCCCGGCUCGCCGUAGCGGCCGCACGCCCGGCAGACCAAUGAAAAGGCAGGAAUCGCCGUGUUUUCCCCCAAAGCGCGUGCCGUCUCUCCGCUCCGCGCAUGCAUCUCCGUCCGCGAGCGGCUGGCUGCGUCGCGCGUGCGUCAGGAGCCGGAUCGCACACACGCAUGGCCGUCGUGCAGCAGACGCCAGAGAGGGAGAGCGAGCCGCGAACGUCCCGGUGAACCGGAGGCGAAGCCAGGGCGGAGGGGAGCGAGCAUGGCGUCCGCGUUCGGCUCCAGGACCCUGAGCAAAGACGACGUGAACUACAGGAUGCAUUUCCGCAUGAUCAACGAGCAGCAGGUGGAGGACAUCACCAUCGACUUCUUCUACAAGCCUCACACCAUCAGCCUGCUCACGUGCACCGUGCUCAGCCUCAUGUACUUCGCGUUCACGCGAGAUGAUGGAAACCCUGACAGUAACCUGUGGGUGGGUCUCAUCCUGGUCAUCUCCUUCUUCUUGGUCAUCAGCGUUCUCGCCUUCCCCAACGGGCCGUUCACAAGACCCCAUCCAGCAAUAUGGCGCAUAGUGUUCGGGUUGAGUGUGCUCUACUUCCUCUUCUUGGUCUUCAUCAUCUUCCUGAACUGGGAGCAGGUCAAGUCUCUCAUGUUCUGGCUGGAUCCCAAUCUGCGUUACGCCAAACGGGAAGCCGACGUCAUGGAGUAUGCCGUCAACUGUCAUGUGAUCACCUGGGAGCGGAUCCUCAGCCACUUUGACAUCUUCGCCUUCAGUCAUUUCUGGGGCUGGGGGAUGAAGGCUCUUCUGAUCCGCAGCUAUGGACUGUGCUGGACCAUCAGCAUCACCUGGGAGCUGACCGAGCUCUUCUUCAUGCAUCUUCUUCCUAAUUUCGCUGAGUGCUGGUGGGAUCAGGUCAUCCUGGACAUUCUGCUGUGUAACGGCGGAGGGAUCUGGCUCGGGAUGACCGUCUGCCGCUUCCUGGAGAUGCGCACGUAUCACUGGGCCAGCAUCAAAGACAUCCACAGCACCACGGGGAAGAUCAAGCGCGCCGUCCUUCAGUUCACUCCGGCGAGCUGGACAUACGUGCGCUGGCUCGACCCCAAGUCCUCCCUGCAGAGAGUCAUGGGAGUCUAUCUGUUCAUGAUCAUAUGGCAGCUGACGGAGCUGAACACCUUCUUCCUGAAGCACAUCUUCGUCUUCCCAGCAUGCCACGCUCUCAGCUGGUGCCGCAUCCUGUUCAUCGGGAUCAUCACCGCUCCUACAGUACGGCAGUAUUACGCGUAUCUGACGGACACUCAGUGUAAGCGGGUCGGGACUCAGUGCUGGGUGUUCGGAGCGAUCGCUUUCCUCGAGGCCUUGGCGUGCGUCAAGUUCGGACAGGACUUGUUCUCCAAGACGCAGGUGCUGUACGUGAUCCUGUGGCUCGUGUGUUUGGCUUUCAUCACGUUCCUGUGUCUUUAUGGGAUGGUUUGGUUCGCGGAGACCUACGGGCCCCGACAGAAGAGCUUCUCGGAGUGUGAGGACAGUAUUUACACGGAGCCGGUCGAUGCCGCUUCUGAAUGCAGAGGGGACUUUGAGACGGACGGCACAACUUCCUCCUCCACCAGGAAACGGAGAGACUCGGGGAGUAACAGAAGCAUCAACGGUGUGGAGAAAUAAGGCGUCUCGUACAGAAGCUUUUGCACAGGUGUCUUCUCCUGUGAGCGGAGAGAGCAUCAGAUGACUGAAAAGGCAAUACAGUGUGUCCGGUGUUUAGUUAGCGACAGAGACUGGUUAACCAGGUUAGAUCCCGAGCAGUGUUUCUCUGUCAGGGGCCGUGUUCAUAUCCUAACCUAGCGUUUACAGACGUGAUAUCAGAACCCAUCCUUUUUACCUUCCUAAAACACUCUUACGCAUGUUCUUUUAAACCACUCUCUUUAAGCGAUAAUCAGCCAUAAAAAAAAAAACGUAAAUGUGGAAUCGUUAAUGUCUCCUGCGUUCAUUUGAUCAAAAACACGGUUAAAAAAAUGCUAAAUAUUAUUGUCAUUUA